AUGUUGUCGGGCUCUUGUCGUGCCCUCGGUCUCAGAACAUGCCGGCGACAAUUACUCCAUCGCUUAUAUUCAAGUAACGCAGUAGCAGAACAAAAGCCAUUCUACGUGACUACACCUAUAUUCUACCCUAAUGCAGCACCGCACAUCGGACAUCUGUACACAUUGGUGACGGCCGAUAUCAUAGCCAGACAUGCUCGCUUGACGAAGCCGGAUCGUCCCGUGUACUUCCUCACAGGCACGGAUGAGCAUGGACUCAAGAUCCAGAAUGCUGCCCGACAGCGUGGCCUAGAGCCUCGUGCUCUAUGCGACCAACUGAGCGCGACGUUCCGCGAAAUGGCAGACUCAGCUAAUAUCAGCUAUUCGCGGUUUAUCCGCACGACGGACGAAGACCACUAUGCUGCCGUAAAGCAUCUAUGGCAAGCCCUAGCGGCGAAGGGUCUCAUUCGCAAGGCCGUCUACACGGGCUACUACUCCGUCACCGACGAGUGCUUCUACACUCGCGACCAAGUACAAGAGCAACCCGACGGCACAUUCACAUCGCUGGAGACCGGCUCCCUCGUUGAGCUCAGCGAGGAAGAAAACUACAUGUUCUCUCUCUCUCACCUUGGCUCCGCUUUGUCCGAGCUCUAUCGGGCGAAAGCGGGAGGAAGCACCAUCAUUCCCGCGGAGAAGCAAGACGCAGUCCUAGGUGAGGUGGAGGCCGGAUUGGAGGAGCUAUCAAUAUCGAGGCCAGUGGAGAGGUUGCAAUGGGGCAUUCCUGUGCCGGAUGACCCGGGACACACAAUAUACGUCUGGAUUGACGCGCUCACAAACUACUUGACUGCUACGGGCUAUCCUUGGCAAGGUGCUGAGCGAGGCGUGUGGCCGCCCGAUGUACAGGUGAUUGGAAAGGACAUCGUGCGGUUCCAUGCGAUAUAUCUACCUGCCAUGCUCCUUGCCUUGAACAUUCCAACCGCCAAGUCACUUCUAGUCCAUGGACACUGGACGGUCUCGCGACGCAAGAUGUCCAAGUCCGUGGGAAAUGUAGUCGACCCGUUCACUAUCAUGUCUGCUCGGGGUGUAGAUGUUGUGCGAUUCUACCUCGCUCGCGUCGGCGGUAGCUAUGGCGCCGACCAUGAUUGGUCGGAAGAGCAGCUCGACAAACACGCGAAGGAACUCCGGACUUCGAUCGGAAACCUGUUUUCACGCACACAUUCGGACGCCGUCAUGUCACGUUUACCUGACUAUUUGGAACGGAGAGCUGCGGUGCUGGAGUCUAUGUCAAAUGAUACUGACGUUGACGGAGAGCUACGUACACUUGCGAGCGACGUUGAUGGGCAUCUGUCCAGGCUGGAGAUCAAACUCGCCCUGGAGAAAGUUGUGGCGCAGCUCGGGAAGGUGAACGCCCUUCUUGAGUCAACAGCGCCCUGGUCCGCCUCAACCCCCGACUCCGUUCGGGCCCGCACCAUAGCACUAUCCUCCGAGACACUUCGCAUUGCCGGGAUUGUCCUGCAGCCGUUCAUGCCAACCAAGGCCAACGAGUUGCUUGAUGCGCUUGGUGUGCCUGCACAAGAACGGGCUUGGGCCAAUGCUGGCUGGAGAAAAGGCAGCGUGGGGAUGUGGAAGAAGGUCGCGUUGUUCCCUGUUGAGAAGGAUGGGAAGGGAAAGAGGCGGACGAGCAGAUGA